GAUAUUUAGUGUGCACAUAUUACUUCCGGUAAAUGGCGAGACGGUAAAAUUAUAACAAGAAAGUGAUUGAAUUAUUGUUUCUGCAUCUGAAAUUAUGGAAGGGCCGUAAGGGUGUCCAUUUACCCUACCAGUAUAUGGAUUCCCUUGGUGGCGCUGACAGAUAACCAGAGGCCUUUGCCAUGGAGGAAGGCAGUGCUGGUGUAGGGUUGAUACCUCUACCUGUAAUGGGCACGAUUCCCUUACCUGAUGGCUCGCCUACACCUAAAAUAAAGUCGAGGAAGCCCAUUAGAUUAGUGAGAUAUGAUAUCGGUAAGGAUGAACCUCAAAUUCCUCUCCCAGUUGCAAAGAAAGACCCGCCAAAGCCAGCCAAGGAAUUGAUCGCUGAAAAAUUAAGCAAGAAAUCAAACUCUUCAAAUAUGGCAAAGGAGAUGGAGAAUAAGUGCUCUAGUGACUGUAAGUCCGAUAACCAAAGCCUAUCUAAGCUAAAACGCUCCUUAAUGCAAAAGGAAAGAAACGUGGAAGGACCUCUUGAACAGAGUAUUGUGGAUGAAAUGUUUAAAGAUUUUUUGGCAACUAAGAUGCAACAGAUAGAAUCAGAGUAUCAGAGUAAAGCUGAUGAUUCAGUGUUGAGAAAUGGUCAGAUUGGGGAGGUUGUUUCCUCUGUUGAAGAAAUGAACAGACUUCUGGAUGAUGAGUUGACAACAAUUUCUCUAAAUACUUCUCAGAAAGAUUCCAAUAUACAGCAAGAGUGUUCUCAAAGUCAGUCAGUGUCCAACAGGAAGCACAAAUUGGCAGAGGCAAAGGACUGUGUAAAAUUAGAGACAAAAAGCAAAAGAUCAAAAUGGGAUAUGAAAGAGAAGCAGGAGAAGGAUGUUAGUAAGGACAGAUCUAAACCACAGAUAAAAACAGAAAGUGUUGUAUGUGUAAAAGGUACAAAGUCGUCAUCUAACUUGUCGAUGGAAAACAGUUCAAAGCCAUCCUCUAACCAGCAUAGUUGGGUCAAUAUUGAAUCAUCUGGAGUCAAAACAAAUACAGAAAAUCUCAGGUCAACAUUACCAUCAUCCAUAAUAAAAACAGUUCAGGAGAAGUCAGUCACAGACGGGACAGUAUCAACACAGCCAGCGGAUAUUAAGAAGGAUGAAGAUGAUCAUACCAGAAAUGUGAAGACAAACAUAAACAUUGCACUGGCUGCUCAGUUUGGCAAAAAGACUCAGGUCAAGAAACAGAUAUCACUGAAAAUCAGUCAAAUGAGUGCAGAAUUUAUUUCCUCUGGUGAGCGAACAGGAAAAGAAGCUGAGCAAAGAAAGGCCUUAGAAGAUGAUGGCAAUGUUGCCUUUUUUAAAGGGGAAGUUAUAUCUUCAAAUGAUGAUGAUUCUGAGAAACAUGAAACAAAUGACGAGGAUAGUGAGGAGGAGGAGGAAAACAACGCUGUCUCAGAAACAGGGUCGCUAAGUGACUCGGAAAAGGACACCAAAACUUCUAAGUCCAAAAAGAAGAAGAAAAAGAAAAAUAAGAAGCACAAGAAAAAGAAAAAGCACAAGAGUUCAAAAGAUCAAGAAAAAAAUGAGACAAAACGAGAUGAUUCUAAAAGAAAGAACAGAUCAUCAUCUAGGUCAAGGUCACCAAAGAGACACAGGGACUCUCAUUCUCCAAGCAGAAAGAGUCGCAAGUCAAGGUCAAGGUCACCGAAAUGGGAAGAUCGAGGAUUUGAUGCAUAUGAUUACAGGGAAACAGCUCGCAACAGAUCUAGGGAUAGAGACAGAGGUCGGGGCAGAUCUCGGGAUAGAUCAAGAGAGAGAUCUUGUGACAGAUCAAGAGAUCGAACAAGGAACAGGUCCCGAGAUAGAGGCCGGGACCGAGGAAGAUCUGACAGAAGGUCAAGAUCACCUGAAAAGUCUGUUGACCUACGUGUGAAGAUUGACAAGGCCAAAUUAAGAGAAAUAGCCAUUAAGAAUGUUCUGGCUAUGGCCAAGUCUGGCCACGGUCCUUCAGUGGACCUCACCACCAUCAAGGCUGGAGGCACAUCUGUGGAUGAACUCACAGACUUCUGUAAACGAAUAUCAUCUAAAGAAAAGAACAGAGGUACAGAAUCAUUUCUGUCCUCAUCAUCAGAGGAAUCAGAAGCAGAUGAGAAGGAGGAGGAAGAAAGUUUCAUCCACCAUCCAUUUAAAGUGAGAGAACCGUCUGCUAGUAUUGUGAUGAAUAUCAGAAAUGCCAAACCUCUACCAGUGUUGACACCACAAGAAAAGAUCACAGAGCAGUCCAAGCUAAGGAUGCAGUUCCCAGUAUCUAGUGGCAGUGUUCACCGUUUGAAGGAGCCGGAGUGGGUCCCUGUACAUAAAACAACCAAUGCCUUAGCUUUAGUGACCAAUACACCAGCCACCGUAUCAAUGUCAGCCCCCGUCUCUACUUCAAUGGCCAUGGUCUCGUCUACCCCCAACUCUACUGUUGCCAAGGACACCCCUCUAACUGUACAUCCACCACCUUCUGACCCCCCACCACCACCAGAGGAGAGAGUAUUCCCAGAGACACCUAACAUGCCAAUGGAUAUUGGAACAAUUAUUUCUGAACGUCUGCUUGCUGUGAGAAAACUCCAGGAAAACCCCAAAGAUAUUUCAGCACUAAGCAACAUAGCUAAUGCACAGAAAAAGGCCAGCAUGUGGGCUACAUCCAAACAGUUACCAGGCCAGUUCCUGGGAUCUACUGGGGCUCAGAUUCUUACCCCAGAGGAGCUGAGUGGCACAGACAAACGACAUCAAGCUUGGGCUAAGAAGGACCAGUUUAAGAAGGCAGCACCUGUGAGUGGGGGUAUAGGCAUGGCCCUGCUGCAGAAGAUGGGCUGGAAACAGGGUACCGGUCUUGGAAAGAAUAAUGAGGGUUCACUGGAACCACUUAAACUGGACAUAAAGACUGACCGCAAAGGACUGACAUCACAAGAGGAACAUUCCAAGCGAGGGAAGGGACACCAUGGAGGAAAGGGGCAUGGUGGGGCCUCUGGAGGAGGAGGAGGAGGAGGCGGAGGUGGAGGUGGAGGCGUUUUCACUCAUGAUCUCUCAAGUAAACAUCCAGUGUCAGCCCUGAUGGAGUUGUGUAACAAACGAAGGUGGGGACCUCCUGAUUUCCAGCUCAUUCAUGAAAGUGGACCAGAUCACAAAAAGCAUUUCCUCUUCAAGGUGAUAAUAAAUGGAAAUUCAUAUCAGCCAUCUGUUGCGAGUAACAACAAGAAGACGGCCAAGGCUUCUACAGCAGCUGCCUGCCUCCAGGAACUCGGUCUCAUUCCACGCACCUGACCUGUCUUUGAGCCAUGACAUGCGCAAGUCAUGGUGUACUGGACAUCUCAAAUAGGGUAUUCUGAUAUUGACCAUCAAGUACCUGAAACAAGGGCAGCAGGUGACAACAGGCCAUCUUGUCCAGGUGCUCUCUGGAGUCACUUAGAACUGAAUUGUCAAUAGAGCAUUUUGAUUUAAAAAAGACAGGCUUCAACGAAGUAGAUGUUAUGGAAUUGAUGUUUUGCAGCCUCAAUUUUAUGAAUAUUGUUGUGACUUUUAAGACAGUCAUGGUGUAAACUUAAGUCUUAGACUUUCUAAGGGACAUUCAGUGGGCUACUCUACCUUAUAAAGACAGUAAAUGAUGUAAACUUAAGUCUUAGACUUUCUAAGGGACAUUCAGUGGGCUACUCUACCUUAUAAAGACAGUAAAUGAUGUAAACUUAAGUCUUAGACUUUCUAAGGGACAUCAAGUGGGCUACUCUACCUUAUAAAGACAGUAAAUGAUGUAAACUUAAGUCUUAGACUUUCUAAGGGACAUCAAGUGGGCUACUCUACCUUAUAAAGACAGUAAAUGAUGUAAACUUAAGUCUUAGACUUUCUAAGGGACAUCAAGUGGGCUACUCUACCUUAUAAAGACAGUAAAUGAUGUAAACUUAAGUCUUAGACUUUCUAAGGGACAUCAAGUGGGCUACUCUACCUUAUAAAGACAGUAAAUGAUGUAAACUUAAGCCUUUGACGUUCUAAGGGACAUUCAGUGGGCUACUCUACCUUUAAGUUGGAAGACAAUUCUCAGGUGGUGUACACAAAUGAUUGUAACUGUGUGAUCAAUUUUAAGUGAAAAAGAUGGUUUCCUUCUCCUUGUAUACAUCUACUUGCUUUAAUUCAUUGGUACAGAAAGCAGAGAUAGGAAAGUCUGAUAUUGUUUAGAAAUAGGUUACUGCUUCAGAAAAGGAACUUAAGUUUCAUUCAAGUAUUUUUGGUAUUUAGAUGAUAAAAAAUGGCAGUACAUUUGACAUAUCUUGGUGAAGUGUUUUAUCUGUUGUGUUACACACACAUUUUUGUUGAUGUCCAGAAAAACACGAAUUAUGCUGAUCAUGACUUACAUUUUGUAUAGUUUGUAUGUUUCUAAUUAUUUCAUCAAAACAAGACAUGGGAGAUUUGAAUGUUGAAUCAUAUGAAGGAAUUCAUGUUUCAACUUCCUAGUUCCUAGUGAAGCUUUACCUUUGUAUAAUUCAGCGUCAUCUUUCUACAGUUUCAGUGUCCUCUCUCUCUAGUUUCAGUGUUAUCUCUCUCUAGUUUCAGUGUCAUCUCUCUCUACAGUUUUUAGUGUCCUCUCUCUAGUUUCAGUGUCAUCUCUCUCUACAGUUUCAGUGUCAUCUCUCUACAGUUUCAGUGUCAUCUCUCUAAAGUUUCAGUGUCAUCUCUCUAUAGUUUCAGUGUCCUCUCUCUAGUUUCAGUGUCAUCUCUCUACAGUUUCAGUGUCAUCUCUCUACAGUUUCAGUGUCAUCUCUCUAUAGUUUCAGUGUCCUCUCUCUAGUUUCAGUGUCAUCUCUACAGUUUCAGUUUCAUCUCUCUACAGUUUCAGUGUCAUCUCUCUCUACAGUUUCAGUGUCAUCUCUCUACAGUUUCAGUGUCAUCUCUCUACAGUUUCAGUGUCAUCUCUCUAUAGUUUCAGUGUCCUCUCUCUAGUUUCAGUGUCAUCUCUCUACAGUUUCAGUGUCAUCUCUCUACAGUUCCAGUGUCAUCUCUCUACAGUUUCAGUGUCAUCUCUCUAGUUUCAGUGUCAUCUCUCUAGUUUCAGUGUCAUCUCUCUACAGUUUCAGUGUCAUCUCUCUCUAGUUUCAGUGUCAUCUCUCUCUAGUUUCAGUGUCAUCUCUAUAGUUUCAGUGUCAUCUCUCUACAGUUUCCAUUUUUUUUUUAUAUUUAUACCAAUGUUACUCUGGAUUGUGCGGGGGAAGCACUGUCUGACUGAGUCUUGUAAUUUUCUUCAAACAGUGGGUUUUUUCUUUGGGAAAUGAAAUUACUUUUGCAGGGUUGUUAGCCCACCACCAUCAGAUGGUGUGAUAUUGAAAUGGCCCUGCGUCCGUGGUCCAUGGUUUGUGGUCCAUCGUCCGAGAGUCCCUCUGUAAACAAUUAUUGUUAUGCUAUUUCUCAGAAAGCACUGAGAAAUAAGGGAAAAGAAGAGAAAAGAUAAGUCUUUCAUUUGACUGAUAUGAAUCCUUCAAUGGUGGGCGCCAAGAAUCCCUCUGCGAUCUCUGGUUUUUUCUUAGAUGGGUAUUAUUUAAAGGAUGAAAAAAUGAAAUGUGUGUGUGCAGCAGAAUGUAAAAACAUCUUGUAUAUGUGUCAGUUGUGUUAGAGUCAUAGUGAUAGAUGUGUGAGUGUUGUUAUAGGUGCUAAUAAAUAGUUUAUAUUAAAUAAUGUCCCUUGAA